AUUAUUCAGUACAAAUCAAAAUGACAGUGAAAACUAGUGUUACCGAUAUAUUUAGGGGAACUUUCCCUCAGUUGUUCGCUGCUGUAUCAGGCACACUAUUUGCAAUUUCCGAUGGCAUGACAGUGGGAUGGACAGCUCCUAUGAUUCCUUACCUCAUCAGUGAAGAAAGUCAUAUCAAAACUACACGGCACGAGGCUGAAUGGUUAGAGACAGCUCUACUGGUGGGAGCCUUUUGUGGUCUACCAACUACUAUGUUCUUCACAGAAAGGAUAGGAAGGAAAAAGUCCUUGCUUCUAGCUUCAUUCAUUGUAUUAUUCGCUUGGUUAGCGAUAGCGUUGGGAAACAACAUGAUAUAUAUAUUUGUAGCUAGAUUUUUCUGCGGCAUAGCUGGCAAUAUGGCAUUCGUUGCAGCUCCAAUGUACAUAGCUGAGAUAGCGGAUCAGAAGAUCAGAGGAUUUCUGUCUAGCAUAAUCUAUUUAAUGAUGCUGGCUGGUUGUUUGAUUGUGUAUUGUAUAGGACCUUUCACGCCAUUUUAUACAGCCCCCAUCCUAGGAAUAUGCAUUGCCCUGACAGAACUAUUAGUUUUUUCCUUCGUGCCCGAGUCUCCAUAUUACUUGCUUUACAAAAAUAAACCAGAACAGGCAAGAAAAUCUCUGGAACACUUUAGAUCAACGGUUGCCGUGGACAAGGAGAUGAAAGAGAUUUCAGACGCCAUAGAUAGGCAAAAGACUGAAAAAGGACGGAUACAGGAUCUUUUUAUAAUCGACAGUAAUCGUAAAGCUUUGUUGAUAAUGACAGUGUUGAAUGCUGGUCAAAAUUUCUGUGGGAUCGGCGUCAUUAUGAUGAACUUGCAUCUUAUACUAAGUGAAGCGGGUUCUAUUUAUCUCGACGAGGCUACCACGGGAAUACUGUUUGCUGUGAUAAUGCUGGUAUCAGCUACCGGUGCUUCUCUUCAACUGGACAAAUAUGGUAGAAAGCUGCUCCUGAUAACUUCAGCCAUCUUGACAGGCACAUGUCUGCUGAUCAUCGCCCUCUACUUCAAUUUGAAAUAUGAUGGUUACAACGUUAUCAGUGUAAGUUGGAUACCAAUAGUGUCGGUAAUGUUGUACGCGGUUACUUUUAAGAUAGGCUUGGGCAUCGUGCCCAUUGUAGUCACAGCCGAAGUGUUUCCCGCAAAAAUGAAAGCAAUAGGCAUGACGAUUGCGGAUGCAAUGUACGUUGUCUGGGGUAUAAUAGCACUGCAGGUGUACCAGUGGCUUUACAUGUACGGCUUGCACGUUUCCUUCUACUUGUUUGCGGUAUGUUCCUAUCUUUUGGCAGGUUUUACCCAGUGGUAUAUCCCAGAAACCAAGGGGAAGAGUUUGGAGGAGAUUCAACAGAUUCUGAAAGGGCGGAAAUUUUCAGAAGUAAUAAGUGCUCCUACGGCAUGAAAUGCAUAAAUGUGAGGGUAAAUUUGGCAUUAGCAGGAAAUCGAAUUUGUUCUUGGAUAUGAGCUUAGCGCAUGUGUUAGUCAGCUGUGAACAACUUCUCUCUUAAGAUUUCAAUCUUUGGAAAACUUUUACCCAUUUAUGUGUUCAUAAAAACAUAUACUCAUAUUAAAGAAAAAAGAGGGUUUCAAUAUGUGUUAAACUUCAAAAAUCAUAAUAUAAUAGUAGAAUUGUGUGAAAAUUAAACAAGGUAUGUGUUUUUGUCAUAUGGAAGCAUAACGUUAACCUACUUAGCAAAUGUCGUAAGUCCAUUUUUUAUUCAGACAGAGAUUUUGGUGGACUUACGACUAUUUCUGCCCUUGAAUCGAAUGCAGUGGACAUUCGACAUAUGCGUUUUGAUGUUUUCGCGUGCUGUUUACUACUGAAGUAAAAUCUGACAUCUCAGCAUGACAGGUUCAUGCACUGCCAGCUAGAUGCCACCAAAAUCUCUGUAUGGAUAAAAAGUGGACUUACGACAUUUGCUAAGUAGGUUAACAAAAUUAAGGUAUUGUUAAGACAUUUUGUUGUAUAAAAUAAAUGUUUGUUUAAUGUAUCAAAAUAUAAUUGCUUUAUUACUU